CAGAUAUAGUCAGCAUCCAACACGAACAGCCACAAGAGCUGAUAGAAAGAAAUUGGAGCUCAUCUUCCAACAAAGGUUGUUUCCAUUUUGCAGCCUUUGGAAUUUUUGGAAGAUUCAUAACAAGUAAAAUCAGAAGCACUCUGCAACACAAGUUUGAAUUCUGUCUGUGACUAUUUGAAUGAUGAGUACCCCAUCUGUUCAACGCAUUUCAGAAUGCUUUAUAAAGCCACAGCGCCCCAUUGAAGACUCAAACGAAAUCUACCAUUUAACACCAUGCGAUAUUACAUUGUUGUCUAUGAACUAUAUUCAAAAGGGCCUCCUCUUCAAGAAGCCCCCAGUAUCCACUAAUCAACAAGAUUUCAUCCAACACUUGUUGGAUAAGAUGAAGCACUCCCUUUCAAUUGCACUUAACCAUUUCUAUCCAUUAGCUGGUCGCUUUGUGACCCAAAAAACCCAAGAGCCCCCUACUUAUGUUGUUUUCGUUGAUUGCAAAAACAGUUGUGGAGCUAGUUUUAUGUAUUCAACAUUGGAUAUGACCAUAUGUGACAUCCUAUCCCCUAUUGAUGCCCCACAAAUUGUUCACUCAUUAUUUGACCAUGACAAAGAUGUAGUGAACCAUGAUGGUCACACCAUGCCAUUGUUGGCCAUUCAAGUCACCGAGCUAGUGGAUGGUGUUUUCAUAGGUUGUUCCAUGAACCACAGCAUUGCUGAUGGUACUACUUUUUGGAAUUUCUUCAACACAUGGUCUGAGAUAUUUCAAUUUCAAACACAAGGGCAUCAUGAACAUGUUAUUGAUGUUCCCAUUUUGCGAAAACCCGUUCUCAAUCGUUGGUUUCCAAAGGGUUGUAGUCCUCCAAUCAACCUUCCCUUCAAACAUCAUGAUGAGUUUAUCAGAAGAUUUGAACCAGCUGAGCUGAGACAGAGAAUCUUCCACUUCACAGCAGAGUCUAUUGCCAAGUUAAAAUCAAAGGCCAACAUGGAAUCAAGUACCACCAAAAUCUCCUCAUUCCAAUCCUUAGCAGCACAUGUUUGGAGAUGCAUAACUCGGGCACGUAGAGUACCAUACACUGAGAGAACCACUUGCUUAUUAGUUGCAAACAACAGAACAAGAAUGGAACCGCCACUGCCUCAGGAGUAUUUUGGAAACUGCGUUCAAAGUGUGAAAGCAGGAGCAACAGCAGAAGAAUUGGAUCAACAUGAUCUAGGAUGGGCAGCAUGGAAAUUCCACAUGGCUGUUACAAACCAUAAUGAUAAAACAAUUAAACAAGCAGCCAAAGAGUGGUUACAAUCUCCUGUUGUGUAUCAAACUGGUGAGCGCUAUGAUCAGUACACUUUGUUGUUCACUAGUUCACCAAAGUUCAACAUGUAUGGGAAUGAGUUUGGAAUGGGGAAAGCGGUGGCAGUUCUAAGUGGUUCUGCCUUCAAAUUUGAUGGGAAAGUUACAUCUUAUCAAGGAUAUGAAGGAGGGGGAAGCAUAGAUUUGGAAGUGUGCCUUUUGCCUGAAACCAUGCAUAUGCUGGAAUCAGACAAUGAGUUCAUGAGUACAGUUUCUUCGUCCAAGUCUAAUGGUCUAUACUAGUUUGUCAAUGAGCCCUGUGUUAUUAGUUGUUAGUUAAUUGUGGUUUGUUGAGAUAGUUUAGUUUAGUUUAGUUAGUUAGUUAGUUGGUUUAUAUUAGUUGACAUGUAAUCUUUUAUUGUAUGAUCAUCUUUUUCAUAUUAAUCAACACAAUGAGUUGUUUCUAUAGAACCCCUCUUUUGUUUUUUGAACUUCAUGAUCUAUGGCUAUAUCAAAUGGGUGUUACUUGCAUCACUCAUUUAGGAGAAUUCUGCUGCCGAAGAUGGUAAUGUAGAGAGCGAGACUAAGGAUAUGAGUUUGACGGAGGCAAAGCAAGUAACCAUGGAUGAAGAAUUCAUUAUGAUCCAGAACCACCAUGUGCAGAUUCAAGUGCCCAUAGGAUAAAAACUUCUAUUUUCGGUGGUAGAAGAAAUACAGAUAGAGCGUGCCCAACUAAUUUGAACCAACUAACUACCCUAAACUGCCUCAUAAUCACAAUUAACUAACAUCUUGUAACAUUUCUGUAGAAAAUAUGCAAGUUGUACUGUACUGUGCCUAAGACCAUAACAUAUAACAAUUAUGUCAAAAAGCACCCAAAAUACAUGCUUCAAGUUUACAAAUUCAAUGUCAUUUAAAUUGUUGAUUCACUUGAGACUCUUUAAGUCUCAACACUCUGCCCCAAUAUGGAAA